AUACGCGACCGCUAGUGGCAUGCGCGACUGGUAGUGGCAUACGCAGCCGCUAGUGGCAUACGCGACCGUUAGUGGCAUACGCGACGCGCCAGCAGCAUACGAAGCUGCCCUCGGCUCACGCCUUCCGGAUCCAGGACAAUGGACGGUCGAUAGGAUGUCGAUUUUCACGUUGAGCAGGAGUGGUCCUGAUCGCGGCGAGCGGUAUGCAGCCCAUCGCGUCGAGCGGUAUGCAGUCCAUCGCGUCGAGAAGCCGCCCCGCCACGUCGGUAAGACGUCGCCCCGCCAUGUCGGUAAGAUGUCGCCCCGCCGUGUCGGUAAGACGUCGCUCUCCGCGUCGAGCAGGAAUGCAGGCAGCGCACCCGAAGAAUGGAGGCCCUCGCGUUGUCAGGAGCACGGGGCCGUCAUGCUAGUCAGUUCGCUCGCCGGAUCCUGGUGUCGUACUCUCCGGAUCCUAGACGUCGUACUCACCGGAUCCCAGGCGUCAUACUCAGCGGUCAUGUCAGCCCCGCCGUGCGCGCCGCUCAAUCCCCGCGUCGGCCGACGCCCCCACGCCCCCAACGCUUAGCCCACGACGCCCCCGCGGCCUAGCCCGACAUCCCCCCGCGUCAUCGGCCUCAAGGCGCGCGGGCAAUGUCGAGCAAUGUUCAGGACGUGCCGGUCAGCAUUGAAGACGUACACGGUAUAAUCGUGACCGUACACGGUAUAAUCGUGACCGUACACG